CGCGUGCACGCGCACUCGCAGAGAUCCAGACGCCGGCCGGCCGGCCGGCCUGCUCUUCCCUUCCGGGUUCCUGCGCGUCCCCGCUGCUGCUGCCGCCGCCGGCGCCGCCGCUGCUAGUUGCCGCUGGUCCCAUCAUGAUUUUCUUGCUGGCCUUUUUCGCCAGCAUCUUCCAAACAGCUUUUACGGGUGUGAACGAACGCACUUUCCUUGCCAUCAAGCCAGAUGGCGUACAGAGGCAUCUGGUCGGCGAGAUCAUCCGGCGUUUUGAGAAGAAAGGCUUCAAGCUGGUGGCGAUGAAGCUCAUGCAGGCUUCAGAAGAAUUGCUGAAGGAACAUUACAUCUCUCUCCGUGGGCGUCCUUUCUUCAGCCGCUUGGUGAAAUUCAUGAGUUCGGGACCCAUUGUGGCCAUGGUCUGGCAAGGGCAAGAGGUAGUGAAAACUGCACGGAUGAUGAUUGGAGAAACCAACCCGGCCGAUUCCAAACCGGGAACCAUCCGAGGAGAUUUCUGCAUUGAAGUGGACAAGAACGUCGUUCACGGCAGCGAUUCGAUAGAGAGCGCUCAGCGAGAAAUUGCACUCUGGUUUCGUUCUGAGGAGCUGGUGUGUUGGAAAGAUAGCAGAGAGCACUGGAUUUAUGAAUAACCAUCACAAAAAAAAAAAUCUCAGGGUUUGCUCGGAAUCUUCUGAAUGUAUUGCACACUGACUCCUGUCGAAUAGAGCCCUGGUUGAGAAAAUUUGUGGAGUCUAACAUUAGAAUAAUAUCUGUGAGCUACAAAAGCACAAAUACGCAGAAGUCUUCCAAUCAGAUAUUAUUCUUCAAAUGUCCCUCUUACAGGGCUCCAUGAAGUUCUUCACUCCAAUCUCUUAUUUGGUUGUUUCGUUGCUUGAGCUGUCUGGUCAAAGAUGGGGAAUAUUCCUUUAAGUUUUCAUUUAAUUAACGUCAGGAUAAAAGAAAGCAGAGCAGUUUGAUUGCCAAGCAGUGAAAAAUAACUUGUUCCCAAUUAGCAGGAUGCAGAGGGAAUAAAGCCGUAUGAUUUUGUUUGGGGGGGGGGGGUAUUUAUUUUCCAGUUUAAAUGCUAAAGCAAAUAUUCAGUUUAAGGGGCAGGAAAUAAUGAUGGCUGAAAAGGCAGGAUUUCUGCCCCCCUCCCCCCCGUUUGAUUUUUCCACCUAUCUAAAGUGAGUUUUUAAUACUUCAAGAUGGACAAGUGCUUUAAUUCAUUUCUACUGCUAUGCUCAGCCGCUGGGAUUGCAAAAAAAAAAAAAUGUAUAGAACAGGGAACAAAUUAAUGCCUGAUUAAGAGAGCGGCCUGCAAGAUCUAUUAGGUUUCUAUGCUAGUAAAUUACCAACUGAAAUGCUGGAACAAGACACAAUGCUCUAUUUGCAAAUACUUUCCAAGGAUAUUUGUUUAGCUGUACAAGCCUAUUGCUUUUCGACAGUGCCUUUUGUUUUGUAAAAUAAAUGUGGGAAAGAUU